GGGUCUGGACCGACAUUCGUUUUGCCUCCCUCGAUCGAAGUGGUUUAGGACGGAUAUUUCUGUGCGUUUCGCAGCUGUUCAUUUGAUUGCCAAAUUAAAAAAAAACCGAACAAACAAAAAACCAAAAUGGCUUCCAAACUUUUCGUCUGUUUCGCUUUGCUCGCCUUGUGCGCCGUCGUUUCGGCCGAAGACCCGACGGUGAAGACCGAAGGUUCCGAACAAAGAGUGAAGAAAGCUGUCAUCAUCCCGCCCGCAGCUGACGCCACCUACCCGUACGGAUACGGAUACUCGACCCCGUACAGCUACGCCUCGUUCAACUCUUACCCCGCUUCCUACAACGGUUACUACCCUUAUUCCAGGUCGGCUUACAACUACAACGGCUACAAUGGGUAUUACCCGUACAAUGGAUACUACAACGGUUACUACAACGGAGUCAGGUCGUACUAUCCGUACGCCUACUAGACCGGCCCACGUCACCUGGACACGCACCGAACCGCAUUUAAUCUUAAGUACCCUAAGCGUCUUCAGCUUAAGAACACUCACAAACUCACAAGUGUAAAAUAUCAUGUGCUUUGGCGGCAAAUGUUCACGGUCGGAGAGCGACGCGAAGAGCAUUUAUUCGGCUCGGCCGUCAGAAAAGUGCCGCAAAAGCCAACAUAAUGUAUUUUUUUUUACCGAUUUUUCUAUUGUAAAUUCAUUUCAUUUUUUUUUUACCCCCAUUUAUUUUUUUGAUUUGUCAGCUGAAUAAAACGUUCGAACGCAUA